AUGCUUAGGAAUUUUGUUGGGAGGAUACAAAAGGGUCUUUCACUGUUUGUAGCAAGAAGGCCUGCUGCAUUCAGCUACUUCAGUGAAGAUCGUGCCACAACCGCGGCACCGGAUGAUGUUAAGGAAGGCUAUUUUGCUGUUCAUGCAAUUAAGGGUGAGGAAACCAAGAGGUUUAUUGUUGGGUUAGAUUACUUGAAUGAUCCUGCAUUCUUGGGACUUCUGGACCAAGCUCAAGAAGAGUUUGGUUUCAGGCAAAAGGGAGCUCUUGUACUCCCUUGUUGCCCUCAAGAGUUACAGAAGAUUCUAAAUGGUCCCAAAGCAUAG